AGGAACAUAUGCUGGACAGAAUGCAGGAGGUAUAAGAUUUAAAGCGAGGCCAUUCUCCGCACUCAAGUCAGGUCUUGACUCUGCGACACUGUCCUACAAGGUCUAUUUCAGUCCUAAGUUUGAUUUUGUCAAAGGAGGUAAGCUCCCAGGGUUCUAUGGUGGAACUGGGUCGUGUAGUGGAGGACGGACACACAAAUGCUUCUCAACGAGAUACAUGUGGUUAAGUCAUGGAGACGGACUGAUGUAUCUCUACAGUCCAAUGUCUCAAGCCAGUGAUUUCUGCAAACGAAAAACUGUACACUGUAACUUUCCAUACGGUCAUUCUAUUGGGAGAGGAACUUUUAAAUUCAAAUUAGGACGUUGGCAUACGAUUCAACAAUAUAUCAAUUUCAGAAAGGAUUCCAGCACCAAAAUCAACGCCAUAAUCUUUUCCACAUUUUUUGGUGGAA